GCAGGUUUCAAGAGAGUUGGCAUUACAUAAAACUGUUUGUUUUUAUUCUGUGUUGAAUCGAUAGUACAUAAGCGAAUCUCUGGAUCGGUCCUGUUAAAACAGGUGCUUAAAAAUGCUCGGAAAUAUCUUGAAAACCGUUACUGCCGCCCCAUGCUGCACCUCUUCAGUAAGAUAUAUGUCCACUACUAACCCCCUGCGAUACCUUGCCCCGGUGGAGCUAUCCUACACGGUGUACGACAAAGUGGCCUCGGAUUCUUCCACCCCGCCAGUCCUCGUCCUCCACGGUUUGUUCGGUUCAAAAGCCAACUGGAACAGCUUGAGCAAGGCCUUUCACCAGAAAACCAAACCCAUUCGUAAGAUCUACUCGAUUGACGCGCGGAACCACGGCGACAGCCCCCACUCGGAUGUCCACUCGUACGAGCACAUGGUCGCGGAUUUGGUGGCGCUGUACGAAAAGCUUGGAAUUGACAAGGCCUCCGUAAUCGGUCAUAGCAUGGGCGGCCGAGCCAUGAUGCUGCUUGCGCUUAAAUACCCUCAACUGAUCGACCGUGCCGUCAUCGUGGACAUUUCGCCAACGACCGGCCUCGGCACGAGCAACACUAACAUCCCGCUCUUCCUGCAGUCGAUGAAGCAGAUUCAAAUCGCGCCGGAAGAAACGAUCCACCAGGCGCGGAAAACGGCCGAUACGCAGCUGGCGAAAAUUAUCGCCGAAAAGCCGUUGAGAGAUUUCUUGAUUACGAAUUUAGUGAAAUCCGACGAGGAUGGAAGCUUUCGGUGGCGGAUCAAUCUGGACGCUUUGGAGACCAACUUCAACUCGGGAGUGGCACAGUUCCCCGACGUGGACGGGUUGAGAUUUGAUGGGCCGACACUAUUUAUCGCGGGAGGCCGAUCUGAUUACAUCAAACCCUCGGAUAUCCCGGUAAUCAAGAAGCUGUUUCCGCAAGCGGAGGUCAAAGUCGUCGAAGGAGCAGGUCAUUGGGUGCACAGUGAAAAGUCGGCGGAGUUUGCAAAGUUGGUGCUAGACUUUUUAAAUGCUUAACUUAUUAUUAUUUUUUUAGACGAAUUACAUAAAGUCAAUAAACUUCAAUAGGGGCAGAAUGGCCCGCCUAAGUAAAAUGCGCCAAAAACCAUAGAAAAACAUGAAAACUUAUGAAUUCAGUGUAGUAGGCUUAUGCUUUGGGAUGUUCCCUUCAAUGUUGUAUACUUGAUUGAUGAAAAUUUUUAGCUUAAAACUAUUUUUGAGCCACUUUAAAAAAAAAUUUUUUUCGACUUCUUUUCCAGGGUGCGGGGCAGAAUGGGCCACCUUAGAAAACGAUCCAUUUCGUCUAAUACAACGUUGAAGGGAGAUAAGAAAUGACUUAAGGUACCUUUCUAACAUAGUUUCCAUGAAGUUAGACCACUUUUAUAAAAAUAGUCACUUACCAAAACAAACUUUUUUGAACAUAGUGUUAAUAUGUUGAAAUAAGACACUAUUUUAACAAAUAAUCGUCAAAACAACUGAAAAAUCAACUAUUGUUGCAUUAAAGGUGAUUUGUGAAGCUACCAGGAGUGAAAUAAUCCAUUUAAUCCAAAUUUCAUAACUUUUCAUUGUUCUUAUAAGGCAGGAUAAGGGUGGUCCAUUCUGCCCCCAAGUGGAUUUUAGAUUAACACUUCCACCACCAAGCCUCUAUAUGAUUUCAAGGUUCCGUUGUUGUUUGUAUACCUUGGUAGUAACAUCUAGUAGCAUUAUAAGCAUAGAACAAACUUUUUCAAACAGUUCAGCUUUUCAGAAAGCUUAUUUAGAAACCUCGAAAUAAACAACAUUUGCGUGGUUUUGUCAAUAAAUUUACAUUUCUGCUCAUAAUUUGAAAAAUACAAUGAAUUCAAACGUCGUUUUCGGUAUGGUGAUGUUAUUUGACGUCCUUUAUAAGACCCUUGCCUUACAAUUGGUCUAAAUCCAUUCUAAAGCCCAAAACCAAGGGUGGCCCAUUCUGCCCCCCUGGUCCAUUCUGCCCCCCC